UUUACACAAACAUUUUCAUUCAUACAAAAUCUAACCUGGUUUUAUGACAAAAUGUCCUGCCUAUUUGCUGAUGCUGGGAUGGUAGAUGUAUUGAUGGCGUCGCUCAAGGCCUACAACCCCUCGCAUUUCAACUCAGAAACAUCAGAGGUGGAGGAAGAGAUUGUUCUGAUGACAGUAUCAACAAGUCACAAUAUGGCAUACUGUGAAAUGGCCAAUUGGUACUUCAUCGACUCCGGCUUUGUAGAGGCUAUAACUCCAUACCUUAAAACGCCUAAAGUUCAUUUUAAAACUCCAGUGAUCAUGUGCCUGUUUUAUCUGGUGAAUGAAAGCCAGAGUGAAAUAUUCAAGACAGACCCGUCUCACCUCAGGUACAUUAUUAUAUUACUGGAAACGUCUUUGAAAUCAGAGGAUGGUACAGCACGGGAUUGGACACCAUACAGGCUGGUUCGAGGUCUCGCAAUGCUUUCUUCAAACGACUCAAACAAGAGAGGGAUCUUGGAUGCGGGUAUUUUACCUUCCCUUGUUACAAUGAUGAACAAUGGCAACACCCAAGAGCAGAAAGUUGCGGCACAUACCAUAUGGGUUCUCUCAUUUGACAAAGUCAACAAAGAGAUGAUGGCUGCCAACCAAGAUGUUAUGGAUGCAUUGAUGGCUCUCACAAGAAACAGCUCUGAUCAUGGGGUCAAGAAAAUGGCGAUGGGAGCUCUGUGGGGGUGUGGAAUAUACCAAAGGCACAGUAGUUCCAAAAUGGGAAUGCAUUUCAAAAUGAUGAAAUCGCACGAACCAUCCCAUGUUGAGACAAGUCCCAAGAAAAAAUCUCCCUCACCAAGACCUAGAAGUUCAUUGACAAAAGUCAAACCUUUACCACCUAUAGCCCCUUCCCCAUCAUCAUCGACACAUCCCCCUCCAUUUGAAGAUGUACGUGUAGGGAAUCCACCACCUCCGGCUCCUCCACCCGCUGGAGCACCACCACCCGCACCUCCCAUUUCGGAUGCCCAAAAUGAUAAACUUGCCAGCUCCAGCACACAAACAGGUCAUGUUAUGAUCAGCUAUAGCUGGAGCAAUCAAAAACAGGUUCUCGAGAUCAGUGAAUAUAUCAGAAAAGCUGGCUAUAAAGUCUGGUUGGACGUGGAUCAAAUAGAGGGGUCCACAAUUGAAGCUAUGGCAAAUGCUGUGGAGAACGCCCAUGUUGUAUUAGUGUGCAUGUCACAAGCCUACAAGGACAGUCCCAACUCACGAGCAGAAGCCGAGUAUGCAUACCAAUUGCGCAAAGAGGUUGUACCUUUAAAGCUACAGAGGAAUUACAGGCCUGAUGGAUGGCUAGGCUUUGUUGUUGGUAGUAGACUUUUCUUCGACUUCAGUGGCAAAUACACAUUUGAAUCUCGUAUAGAUGGCCUCAUGAAGGAGCUGAGACGAAAGUAUUUUCCCAAUAGUGAACAGGAAGAUACUGCAGAUGUUGUGGCAAGGGUGGAGGGGAGCAAGCCUCCCAAAGAAGAGGGCGGUUCCAAUUCUGACAAUAAGAUCACCACUUGGAAUACUAAAGAUGUGAUACAAUGGCUAAAUGGUUUACAUCUCAGUAGCUUUGAUAGAUCUGUGACAGAAGGUUGGACUGGCCUGAAUCUUCUUUACUUGAAGAGGAUCGAAAAUAAGGCUCCGGAAUUUUUCUACCAUUAUAUGGCAGCUACACUGAAGCUAAAUUUGGAGGAUAUGAUGCGCCUUGAAGAUGGACUAUUUAUACUUUGACGUAUAACAGCUAAUUUUAUAGCCUAUGCGCAUCUUCAUAUCUUAUAUUUGGAUGAAAGUUCCAAUGUAAGAAAUUUUUAAUCGUUCCAUCAACGAUUGUGCCGUUAGUAAAAAAGUGCCAAAAUUAUACUAAUAUUCUUAGCAACUGCUAUUGGUCCUUCGGGUACUGAAAUGCUUGGACACUAAAUGCAAAAUACUCAAGAAUCG